UUAACAACAAAUAAUUUUUCUCCAAAUAAAACACCAGCAUACAGCAUAUAUUCCUUUUUCGAUGUGAUUUGACAUGACACAUCAUGAUGAUUAAAAUUUAGGACGAAUUCGGCGUUGUUUUGAUAAACGAAAUGGGGAAUUUCUGUGAUACAUUGCUUAGUGACUGAUUGGAUGUAAACAACAUGGCUGAAAAUCUCCCUGUCCCUGCUAUUCAUUCCAUCCAUCAUUGUCCAUUGAGACUAGGCCUAUAGUAUUUUGUCAGCUUUGUUGAUAUUCGAGAAAAAUAAUGAAGAGAAUGUAAACAAAGCAAAAAGACAGUCCUGCAGGUCAGCCAGGUGAUCAACCAUGUCUCGGAGUUGUGCUUGGCGGCGUACCGUGAGUGACAAUGUCAGCUGGAGGCAAGACCAAGCCCUCAAUGCCACCAUCUAUAUUUUGAGGGAAAUCGGUCCGACUGGAUAUGUCUUGAAAGAAGAGGGAGAGCAGAAGAAAUUCAAGGUUUUAAUAGGAGACCCGCACAGUUGUACCUGUCCUGUGUUUACCAAGGAGAAGGACCUGUGCAAACAUAUCAGCUGGAUCCUACUCAGGAAGUUCCGAGUCCCUCGAACAAACCCGGUGACAUGGCAGCUAGGACUUGUUGAGCGAGAAAUCAACGAACUCUUACGAGGGUUGCUGGUGCGUCAGCAACAGCGGACUCCACGGCGACAGAUUAACAAAGAUGUUGCCAUAGCGAUGGUGGAAAAUCAGGAGACGCUUGAUCAGCGAGAGAUAUCGGAGGAAGACGUCUGUCCGAUCUGCCAAGAUGAGUUGCUGCUAAAACAUGAACCUGUCACAUUCUGCAAGUUUGGCUGUGGUAACAGCAUACACAUCAAGUGUAUGAAGGUUUGGGCAGAGCACCAACAGUCAACCGGCGACCCAGUCAUAAAAUGUCCGAUAUGCCGCCAUGAUUUUGGACCAAUCGAGUUGCUCAAGCGGGAACUUCAAAAUUCGUCAACGCGAGAUACGAGGGCCGAGAGGCUGAAUCAGCACCUUGGGUGUUCGUGCCAGCAUUGCCAUGUGGCGCCUAUCACAGGGAAAUGUUACAAAUGUUCAAUAUGUGCUCAUUACUAUCUCUGUCAGACGUGCUUCAAUACCCAAACUCACACACAGCAUUCAUUCCUAUUCCGACAGAAAUCUUCCCAGCGGUGGCGACCAGCUCAGCGUGGUACAGGGUCAGUGCUUCCUCAAGCUCUUGUGUCCAACCUAAUGGGGAGAGACAUCACCAACGAGGACUAUGACAUGCUCCUACAGUUAGAUAAUCACGAAAAUAGUGGAGUCCUUGACAUCCCGGAGGAGGUGAUAAAGGGAUUCCCCCUAGAAAAGAUUCGCACCGGUGCUCAUCAGUUACUCCAGCCUGGCAACCAGUGUAGGAUAUGUUUACGGGGGUACCAUGUGCCACAAUUCGUUAGGAAGCUACCUUGUAAACAUCGGUUUCACGUUGACUGUAUCGACAACUGGCUCAUGCAUCAGAAACCAUAUUGCCCGAUAGAUGGCAUGGUGGUCUGGAAUCCCUACGCUGCCGAGCUCGAAGAUGAACCAGAACAGCGCCAACAACGACCACAGCGAACGAAUCAAAAUAAGUCAAAAGCUCCUCAAAGCGACGACAGACAAAACGGUCUCCAACUUGAAAUUCCAGGCGUUGGCAUUGCGAGAUUAGGCCAGCCCCACAAUGGAUUGACUGGGACGAAUAUAAGAUCUCCGAUAAUGCGGAUACAGGCACGUGCGGGUCAGAUACAACCUGUAGCGGGGAUUGCAUUGUCACUUAGUGGCGUGAGGUUUGGAUCAACUGUAAAUGUCAGCCAGAUUGCCAAUACUCAGACUUCAACAUCGUCACAAAGUCGCCUCCCUCCGUCAGGACGUAUCCGAGGCCCCCCGUCCCAGCAAGUCCAGCGACAGGCACCAUCUAUUCCACUGCCCCGUAAUGAUAAUCAGCUGUACGCUGGUAGAGAACAAAGCAACAGUGCCCCAAACUCCACUCGUGUCCGGAGGGGAAGUGGCGCAGGAUUUGAAUCAGAUGUUCCAACAAGAGGCCGUCGCAUGACUCGGGCAUCAGGACUAUACUCUCGAUCUCGUAGCAUCAGUGGAAGCCGUGUUCGGUCAUCUUCAAGAGACAGAAGCAAUCCACAAGGACAAAGAUCUCAACAGAACGGUGCUUUUCACUUGCCACCCAUUAACCCUCGCAUCCACAGAGCACAGCAGGGUACGUCAAGUAAUGGUGCUUCUGGAUUGUACCUAGGUAACGAUCCGAGAGUAGCGCCCCCUGUUGCCGGUGAUGUCGUGGCAACAACCAGCAGCAACCAGGCAAUUCGGAGGAAAUCCCUCUAUAGAGCACCUGCAGAGGGAGGAGCUACACAUCAAAAUGGAGAGACUCAGGUGACAAACCAUGCAGAUCUCUACCUGGGAAAUGACCCCACAACAAAUGCACCACCUGCAGGUCAGGUGAACGCCAUAGACCUUCAUCAGAGAAAACUAUACCGCCCUCCACCAGCACCGCCUAGGAACAUGAGCAGGGAGCCAACAACGACAAAUCCGGGCGAUAUCCAAUUGACCGGGAAUGGACUGAAUAUCGAUUUGACUGGUUUAACUGUUGAGGAUUCCUGAUCACUUCUUGACAAAACAUUUAAAUUGGAAUAUAAGCUGCAGUGCUAAGUCUACAGGAUUUAAGUGUCCUCACAGGAACUCAUGUGCUGGUUAUGGUUAAACUGACAAACUCGAAGCCAACCUAAGGUUGCUCUAGAAUUGAAUACAGCGAGGAUUUAAUCAUCUUAUUUUCAAACUACUACAUUUAAAUGUGGUUUUGUAAAUACUUUCAGUGGUAGUGCUGGUCAUUGUCACUGCGGAUAACUUAUUGAAUAUUGAUUCCUUUGUUAAACAGAAUAUGCAUAAUGACACAAAUGUUCUUUUAAUCCAUUUGACUCCAUUUUCAAAAGUAAAAUGUGACUCAGAAUUCUUGUUAGAGUUAAGGUUAUCUGAAAAGUUUUUUGGCGUAAGAAUGUGAGAACUUGUUUGUCUUGAACCUGUUGCCGUUUAGUGUCAUCCUCAUCUACUGUGAUAUUUGUGGAAACAACUGUGAUGUAAACUCCUCUGCUGAUAAAUCUAUUGUGGUACUCUGGAUAUUCCUGUACAAGCCUUGACCGUGAGUUGUAUUAUCUACUGGUAUCUCCCAAAAUAAGAAAUUAUAAGAUUGCAUCGAUGUUUUGAAAUUGUCUUUUAGAAGACGAACAUAUCUCAAGCUGAGUUUUGCUACAUCUAAAAUCUGUCUCAUUGUUCUAUUUUACUCCAGAUUUGUGCAGUUUUUUGUAGUUUUUGAAAUGAGAGAAAAUAUGUAAACAACAUUGUCAAUUUUUUCGUAAUACUCUUUCUACAUUGUUAGGGUCCAAAUUCAAUAUGAAUUAUUACUUUCUCAACCUUUUUUGCCCCCUCCCCCAAAAUUCUUUCACCGCCUUAUUAUCCCCAGUGCACAAAAAAUAACCAUAUUACAAUGUACAUGAUGAUGUAGACCAACACUGAUGCGAGAGCCUAACUACACAAUGUAAACACUAUAAAACUAUAAAAGAUUAUUGCAUGGGUCCAGUGACAAUUGCAAACUACCAAAUUUCUGCACCUCUUCAUUUUCAUUAGACUGGAGAGGUUAUUCAUACAGUGCUGUUAAAGGGGGGCUAUAGACAAGCUAGGGGGUCUUCAGGUCUAGUAUGGGUUAUGUUUGACUCAACAAUGAUAAUAUUCCUCUAAUGAAAGAGAAUACUAUUUAAUGCACUGUGAGAGACCUCUAUUGGCAACUUAGUGUAACUUCUGAGCUAUCUAUAUCUCCUGCCUAUAGGCUCCUUUGAAAAUCACAUCAGAAUUUUCAUUUACUGUGAUAUUUUCACAGAAAACGCGUAAUUCAUUGACCUGUGAUGUUUUUGUCACCUGUGUCCUGAGAGUGGUACAAAGUUGUACAAAAUUGCUUUUAGUUUUUAUCAAAUUUGAUCUCAUGAACUUUCAUAAAUGUUGCAUUUUUAUAACAAUGUGUUUUUCUAUAUUGCGUGAUAGUAAAAAGUAAU